UCGCUCUCACUUAUCUCUCUCUCUCUCUCUCUCUCUCUCUCUCUUCUGGUGCGGGAGGGAGCAGCUGGAUGUGCGCGACUCGCACAAGUUGAAGGAGUGAGUACGACGAACGCAGAUCCCAUGAAAAGAAUACGCACAUGUGGUGACACCUAACGAAAUUUGGGAACAGAAUGUCUGUGAAUGCCCCCAGCAGCAGUGAUGCGUGUUUAAACAUCGUUCACAGUUUGAUGUGUCACCGUCAGGGAGGCGAAAACGAGGGCUUUGCCAAACGUGCCAUCGAAAGUCUGGUGAAGAAACUCAAAGAGAAGCGAGAUGAGCUGGACUCCCUCAUCACAGCUAUCACCACCAAUGGAGUCCAUCCAAGCAAGUGCGUCACCAUACAAAGAACCUUGGACGGGCGCUUGCAGGUGGCUGGGCGAAAGGGUUUCCCUCAUGUUAUUUACGCUCGUCUGUGGCGAUGGCCAGACCUCCACAAGAAUGAACUCAAACAUGUCAAGUUCUGUCAUUACGCCUUCGAUCUGAAGUAUGAUAACGUGUGUGUGAACCCCUACCACUAUGAACGUGUGGUGUCUCCUGGAAUUGUGGGAUUCAGUUUGCCAAACACAGGCAGGCUUAUCAAAGAGGAACACAUACAUGACUGCAUCCAGAUGGAAGGACCAUCGAGUAUGACCCUACAGCAAGAUCAUCAUCCAACAGAUCACUACAGUCAGCCGCUGAGACUGAUGUCCCCAGAGCUGCCACAGCACACCUCAUCCUCAGUCACUCUCUACCCUAGCCUGCCCCUAUCACCGUCAUCAAGUACCUCCAGGUUGUCCAUGCAGGCAGAACACUCUGAGGGACUGCUGCAGAUUGCCUCCACGGCGGGUCGGGUCUUGACCUCGAGCUCUCCUCCUUCCACCCCGACACACAGUCACACAUCCACACACAGCCAGACUAAAUCCCAGCAGACCUCUAUCAGCCAGAGUCACUACAGCACAUCCAAGCACACACAGACACAAAGUUCAUACCACACAACAACUUGGACAGGCAACAACACAGCCUCUUAUACCCCUUCUGGACCACCGCAGAAUGGGCGGAGUCAUCAGCAAGCUCCUCCAUCUCAUACCAACCACUUCUGGUCUCAGCAUCACACACCGGCCUCAUACCCUCAACCAGUCUCUAAUCAUCCAGGCCCGGAGUUCUGGUGUUCAAUCUCUUAUUUUGAGAUGGAUGUGCAGGUUGGGGAGAUGUUUAAGGUUCUGGCGAAUUGCCCUGUGGUAACCGUGGAUGGAUACGUGGACCCUUCUGGCGGGGACCGAUUCUGUUUGGGACAGCUUAGCAAUGUUCACCGGACUGAUGCUAGCGAGAGGGCUCGGCUUCACAUUGGCAAAGGCAUUCAGCUGGAGUGCCGUGGAGAGGGAGACGUGUGGAUGCGUUGCCUUAGCGACCACGCUGUCUUCGUGCAAAGCUACUACCUAGACAGAGAAGCAGGGAGAGCGCCAGGGGAUGCUGUUCAUAAGAUCUACCCUGGGGCCCUCAUUAAGGUGUUUGAUCUUCGUCAGUGUCACAGGCAGAUGCAGCAGCAGGCAGCGACUGCGCAGGCAGCUGCAGCUGCGCAGGCUGCGGCGGUUGCCGGGAACAUCCCUGGCCCUGGAAGCGUUGGAGGAAUUGCUCCGGCCAUCAGUCUGUCAGCGGCAGCUGGAAUAGGUGUAGAUGACCUGCGUCGCCUGUGUAUCUUACGUCUGAGUUUUGUAAAAGGCUGGGGACCCGACUACCCUCGUCAUACCAUCAAACAGACACCGUGCUGGGUAGAAGUUCAUCUGCACCGUGCCCUCCAGCUGCUGGAUGAGGUUUUGCACACCAUGCCCUUAGCUGACCCUGGACCUGCCAACUGAACUGUGUGCUGCAGAGAGGAAGGGUCAAAGUACACACAAUCUGCUACAAAAACAGAGAAACAUUAUGCUAUGCUGAAUCUUUCUCCUUAGAUACACACCUGCACAGGCAAACAGUGACUCAUAAUAGGCUACCACAUACUCUAGACACAUAAGCAUUCAUGUCUUGAAACACAGUCUUUCCACAGACUUGGCCAGCAAUUUGCCUCUUUACUGACCAGUGUUUAGUCCACUCAUGAGUGCCGUUGACUUUGUUGUCAUGGUUACUCAGACCAAAGGCCCUACUGAUGAGUUAACACUAAUGGACGCCUAAAGGAUGUGAAUGAGGUUAAGCGAGAGAGAGCUAUCAGAAAGUGUAGAAAAUGUGCUAUUUUUUUUGAAAGUCAGAUUUUUUACUUUCAACAAACCAGUUUGCAUGUGAAUCUUGAUUUGACCAAAGCAAAAAGGUUCAAGUCUGUUAUUGGGCCGAUGAACUUCGUUUUAAAUACCUAGAUAAAACAUUUUUAACAGUGAGUUUUUUGUCUGCUUGGUCAGUGAUAUUAUACAGAAAGUGCAUGCUGCCAAACCUGUUUGACACGCCCAAAUCUAAAAAGGAGGAUAAAAGGACAACUAGCGGUUGUUUCUAGUAUGACAGUCACUGAGUAUAGGAGGCACAUUUUUUGCUGUAUAAGACAGAAUUGUAAUAGAACGUACAUAGGCUAUACAUUGCUUUAUUUGUAUGAAUAUAACAUCAGCAGUAUAGGGGCUAAUCUAAAAUAUGUAAAUAGUAAAAUAAUGUGACAUACUUUAUGUUGCAAUCAUUUAUUUAAUACAUUAGCUUUAAAGUCUGAACUCUCAAAAGUCCGUGACGAUACUUAUACGCAAAAGCCAACAACAUGUUUUUGUGUCGCUUAUGAUAGUAUGUCGUAAGUUGUUGUAAAAAUUAAAUCAUUUUAUUUCUCUUCAAAUGUAUAAGCCUUUAAGCUUAUUAUGAUAAUGUUUUAUAUAAUUUUCAUUUCUGCUGCGUCGCACCUUGUUUUUAUGCCAAAGUGUCCUGAAAUAAAUACGUCUUUUUGAAUUUU